CAGAUCUACACAAGACACCAUCACGGUGUCAUGUGACUCGACAAGACCAAUUUUCUCGUCCGUGCUGCAGAUCAAGGGUGGACCAGCUAUGGAAUGUACCUCACCCUGCACGAUAUCUAUGACUGAGAACAUGUCUGCAACUGAAGACAUCACCAUAUCGGUUCAGGCAGAAGACCACUUCGGAAACUUAGCUACCGAUGACAACCUUUACUUUUUGAAAAUUAUUAAAUAGAAAGCACAGCUUAGCUAUAGGAACUUCAUUUAGCGAUUUGUAGAUUUUUAUAAUUCUAAUUCUAGCUAGUGCUAUAUCAUUGUUACUA